CUUCGCUAUGACGUCCGCCGGAAGGCUCGAGCGAAAGCUUUGAGCUUUUGCGUUACGUGAAAGUGCCACGUUUCCCUAAAUUAACAUGGAAUUGCACGCUCGGGCGACUUGAGCUGGCAUGCAACGCCACUUUUAGACUCUUAAAAUGAUCGGAUACAUUUUAAAACCAUUACUCAGAAAACAUGAGAUGUCUCCCGCCGGACGCUGCUCCGAGUCGACGUGCGGACAAAUAAGUUGAACGAAAAUGUGUGCAGGACCGUCACAAAGGCGCUGCAUUUCCUCCAGGACAAUAAGUGCCGCAGAACAAUAAUAAGCGAAUCGAUGUGAUCUGAAGUGGUCAGUGAUGUGUUGUAAGUCGCGAGGCGCCCUCUCCAGGUUGGGUGUCCUGUGGGGUCUUCUGGCUCUAGCUACACUUCUCAUUGCAUUCGUCAGUGGUUCGUGGCUCUAUACUAAAGAGCCCGUCACGCUUCCCAACACUCAAGUCGUCACUUCCAUCAGUUUUCGUAUCGGAUUAUGGAGGGUCUGUCCUUCGGUCAAAAGGGUCAACUCUUCUUCUCUACAUAAUCCCUCGCCUGCAUGCUCUCUAGUCAAGUACGCCGGGUGGGAGGAACUGGCUCCCUCAGAUAUAGGAAUGUGGACUUCUCUUGAUCUCGCGCAGGUCUUUAUCACCAGGAUGAGGUCAUGCACAGUUUUAACAGGAUCGGCUGUAAUUUUGCUAUUACUCGCAUCCUUCUUCGCACUUCUCGGCCAUUGUAACAGCGACAAUAAAACAAUAAUAGCCUGCGGGUUCUUCAUUUUAGGAGGGCUUUCUUUGGGAACGGGUCUGGUGGUUUUUGCAUCUGCUCUGUCAGAGACUCUGAUGGAAAUAACACAAUAUCACAAGGAGCCUCCCUCCGGCCCCGUCUACGACUAUCGUUACGGAUGGUGUUUCUUCACGGCGGGGGCGGCUUUCAUUAUGACAAAAAUGGCUGCAGUCUUCUCUCUUACAGGAUAUCUCAACAGAUUCCCUUCUGUCGAUGAAAUGGUGCGAGAAAUGGUCCCCGGCGCCGAGCGCAAACUCCGCGAGCACCAGCGCCUCUCCAGCGAGUACCUCGUGCGCCACGCCGGUCCUCCGCCGCGCCAACAGUACGACGCCAUCACCACAGACCGUCCCAAGUACGAGGCCGAGUGCGGACCCCUCCUGAACAAGACUCCUCCGGACGUGUGCACCACGAACAAGUGCGUGGAGUUCGCGGUGACCGACCUGAACACUAGUGCUUUAAUUUCGGGGGUGAUCGAGCAGAACUACACCGGGGGCGGGCACUCGCUCGCCGGCCAGACCAUCCCCAUCACCGUGAAGAACCACAACGCGGCGGCGCCCCUCGCCUUCGCCUCGGCCAACAAGUACGGGACGAUGCCGCACGCGGGCGCCACGCUGCACCAGGGCUUCCUGGGCGUCGCGGAGGUCGGUAGUUCCAGCUCCAACAGCUCGAGCGGCUACUGUUCGAAGAGCAAGACGCUGCAGCACCAGCGGCCCAGGAAGAAGUGCGUUAAAAUCGAGACUUUCCAAACUCCGGACACCGGAUUCGCAGACUUCGGGAAGAGGUCGAACACGUUAAGUUAUUCCGGAAGCGCGGUAUGACGAGCGAAAACUUUCCGCUCGAAAAUAUUCUAAAACUUCCCUAGGGCACACUCGAAAUUUACACCUGCGUUAUAAAUAAUGGGAGCCCAAGUUUGCUAAUGCCGGCUGGUUCAUUUGCAACUGGAAUGCGUGUUGUGUACUUGUAUUCGAUUCGCUCGAAGGUGCAGACCCGGUUUCUACAGUCCGUAAUAUUAAAUGCGAAAUUAUUUAUCACGCAGGGACGUUUGGUUUCGUUUCGAUGUGUACAAAGGUCGAGAUAUUCAGCGGAAUUUCUUAUUGAAUUUUCAACUAGGUUUUAUUCAAAUUUUGGGCGUUAAGCGGCUUUACGUUUUCAAGUAAAUGAAUGGGAUAAUUUUACUUUCAUCGAAACUUUCUAUACCUACAUUAAAGUAAUUACAAAAAUUUACACCUACAUUUUGUGUAAUUUAGUGGGAGUACUUGGAAGGUCAACAACGGCAAAAAGUGUUUGACUAAGAAUAAAUUAUUUUUGGGACAACCCCACGCAUCAUUAAAAGGACUGAAUAUUUUAAAGGCACUUGAAAUUUUUAUUUUUACAAAGAAAAUUAUUUUUACCUCAACGUUCUACUGGUACUAAAGUAACUCGAGGUGUAGCAAUCGUUUCAACUACAGUUACACUAAGGAUCUUAAGGCACACUUACACAUUCGCAGGUUACACAAGCCGAACACAGAAACUUGUCAUGAAAUAAUAAACUAAACAGACAGUGUUUACGAAAUGCUAUAAUUUCAUCAAUCACUAAGAUUGUAAAUGUUCGGACCGUAGGGUAUGUUCGACUGUAACACAGAAAUGCAUACAUAAGCCUAUUCCUGUUUUACAAUACUCAAUACACAAUAAUUUGCAGUAAUAAAAUACAGGGUGUUCUAUGUGAAUAAACUGUUGGAAGAUUAUAAUAUUUUAGAUUUUUUUAUAAACAUUCUGUAUACGAAAGCUCAAUUUUAUUGGUACUAUUUACAAAAAAUUCCAUACUAUUCAUAAAACAUUGCAAUUUUUUUCUGAGAAACAUGACAUAUUUAAAAAACUUCAAGGAAAUUGACAAGGUUGUAUCGAAAUUUCAAAAAUAAAAAAUUAUUGUGAAUCCUAAGAAAAAGCCAUGUAGGGCAUAUAAAACUGUAUAGGCUGUUCUACUUAAAAAUAGUGAACUGAAGUUAAAGCCCAAAAAGUUUUGCAAAUGUGGUUACUAACUAUUUUUCUAACUUUAGUAGUUAGUGAAAUAUCCUGCGUGCGUGCAGUGUUGCCAUUGUUAAUUUUAUAAAAUUACGUUUUUUUUUUCGUAAUCUAAUGUAUUUGCCAUUUCUAUUGAAACACCACUUGUUGAUCGUAAAUUUGGCAACGUUCAUAUUCAGACAAUUUUCUAACUAAAAGCCGUUGUCAAUCAACCGAAAACUAUUAGCAAUUGCUAAAUUUUAGGCAAAAUCAACAGGUGGUGUUUCAACAGAAAUGGCAAAGAUUAUACAUAAUAAGGAAUAUUUUUUAUUUUUUUUUUGAGACUCCCGAAACCCUCGUACAUAACGUACUGAAGACUUAAUCCAUCAUUUUCCAGAUACACGGUGUAGCUAAAAACUUGGCGAAUACGGUUAAGAAGUAAUACAGUGGAGCGGAUUUGCAAUAAUUUAACACAAUCACCAGGACUUUAAAACACAACCGAGUCUUUAUCUCUAAUCUAAUCUAAUUAACAACGCAUCGGGGAUGUGGAAAUUAUAGCACGUUAUCAGACUAAUCUGUUUGAUUUAUUAUUUACCCACCUCGACUUGCAAAACUACAACUUCACAGCCACGCCUGUACGAACAAAAAUUAUCAACAAAAAUUUAAAUUAAAAAAGUUGAGUUAAUGAAAAACUAAGCGAAAAGAUUUUUUAUUUUCUGUCCGAGCUUUGAUUUAUGGAUUUUGCUGAACUUCGGCUAAAGAGAAAUAUUUACGAUCUCGUGUUAGGAAUUCAGUCGGGAAUUCAUCGAAAUAGGAUAUUUUACGAACCCUGCACUAUUUAUUAAUUACAGGCGAACUACCAUCGGCACCAGUGUUUUUUUUCAACACUGAGGUUUUUGUCAAGUGAAACGUUUUUGACACGCACUGUCAGAGUUACAGUGUCACCUAAAUUUUUGAAAUAACGGUCCUAAUCUUUGUACAAAUAUUUUGAAUAAAAGUAAAAACAUUGAUUUACAUUGUUGAUUAAAAUUUUAAAUACAAGCAGCUAACUUUGAAAUUUAACGUACUCAGACACCUCAAAAGUUUUUCAAAGGGAAUAUAUUUUAAUACCAAUUUUGAGAGUUGAGAAUUUCUUUAUAAAUUUUACGAGUCAUCAAAGUGUAAAAAAAACUAUUUUUUUCAACACAGAUUUUUUUUAGAAAAUUUUAGAAUAAUAUGAUCUUUUCACUGUACUAAAUGUACUCCUACUUACAACAUUAAUCGUAACUUCAGGCAAUCAACUUUGUUGAGGGAACAAAUAAAUAAAUGUUAGUCUAUUUACAAAAAUUCAAAAACUUUUGCUUGUUGGGACAAACGCUUUAUGGAAUGAUUAUAUGACAUCAUCAAUUUUUCCAUGGGGAUGAGAGGACAUAUUUUGGUUGGUGUUUUCCCUUCUUAUACUUAUUUGUGCUUUUAGUUACUAUAACAACACUUUGAUGACGUCAAUUGUUCGUAAAUUUUAAACAAUCCUUUCAAACACCACACAAUGUAAAAAGACAAGAAAUAAAAAAAAGGGAAAAAUUCAAUCAAAUAGAGAACAAUAACUAUAAUAUUAAAAAUCAAAAACUGCAAUUUUUUUGUCAGUCAUUUUCUUCGUAUUCUAGGCAUGAUUUAAAAAUGAUGAAAACGUCGUUGUCCUACAAUAUUAAACAGAUCAAAUGAUUUUAUGACGUUCGAGCUCGAUUGUGCUAGUCUUCUCAUCCAAACACUGUUUCUUUUUAACUAGGUAAUAAUGCUAUGUACUCAUUUCCACGCACAAUUUUUAAAAUGAUCACAUCUUCUGAACAAAGAGCUAUCUCAUAGAUGUCACCAAAGAUCGCCUCAACCUGUCAAUUGUCGCUAAGUUUAAAAUAAAUUUGCAACAAAAUUCGAAGGGCUUACCAUUCAUCGACCUACUUAGAUAAAGAAAUGGGCGUGUUUGGGUGACAAAUGGGACGAGAUCGCUGUGCAGAGGAUCACUUCAAAAAUUGUGCGUGGAAACAAGUACGUAAUGUUACUACCUAGUUAGAUAAAGAAAGACUGUUCGGAUGAGAAGACGCGGCACAAUCAUAAUCAAAAAAUAAUUCCAUAUUUUUGUAAAAUUUCCUAAUUUGCUAAUUUUAAGUGACUUGUUUUAAUAGUACAAAGUAAAUUGAGUAGAACGAUGUUUCGAAAAAAAAUAAGUGAUUUUAGUUUUCAUGUUUCAAAUAGAGCUACAUUCUUAAUUUUAACAAAAAAAUAGUUAAACAAAAAAUGUUUUCUUCGAUUUAUUUCGAUAUUGCCAAAACUUAUUAAUUUGUAUUUAUUUAUCGAAUUAUAUUUUGUUGUAUUUACAAAUGACAGCGUAGAUCAAAAUUAGAACGGUGCCUUAUUAACAACACUUAGUAGUGGAUAUGCCACAUAUAAGACUUAUGCAAAAUACGGAUAACACCAUUUAUAACGACCCACUUAAUUGCCGCUAACACCAUUCAUUUACGUACGAAGGCCAGUUAAAACCAUUGUUAUUAACUAGUUUUAAAGCUCUCACGAUCAGACAUGAAAGAAAUCUUUAUUUAAAAAGCCGCUGACUACCCGAACCUUUGGUACAUGUUUUUCCUCUUCGUAUCUUACAGUUUUUCCGUAUUUUCUGCGAACUCCAACCCACUUAAUUUUUUAUACUUUCCAGACAUCCGUUUACCUCAUAACGACAAAUCAAAUAUUCAUAUCGUAUCUUAAAUGUUAAUCGUACAUUUGGUUGUAUUUUACUAAAAAAAAUAACUUUGUAAUUGCUGUGAUACGUAAGGUAUUAUUAUCAUUAAUCCCCGUAAUAUAAAAGGUUUGUGAUUUGUUAAUACUCUUUUAUUUGUUAAAAUAAA